CGAGCUCCGAGAGCUGUCUCUUUCUUCUUACCUCUCUCGGUCGGAAUCUUCUCCGUCUGAAAAAAUCUUGAUCGAUCAAAACAGUCGAAUUCUGGUAUUAGAAAUUCUGGGUUUUUGAAAGAGUUGAUCGAUUUUUGAAUGGCUUCUUCAAGUUUGGGGAGCUCAAUCCCUGCACCAGAGGCUGUUCAACUUCUGGUAUCGUCUCUAGCUGAUGAUUCCUCUGUGGUUAGAGAAGCUUCCAUGGCUUCUCUUAGAGAUAUUGCCUCGCUGAAUCCGCUUCUGGUUCUUGAUUGUUGCUAUGCUGUGUCUCGUGGAGGACGCAGGCGGUUUGGUAACAUGGCUGGGGUUUUUCAAGUAAUGGCAUUUAGUGUCGGUGCGUUAGAGAAAGGGGAGAUCGAUGCAGUUUUCAUGGGAAAGCUUGCUAAGAUUGCUACAGCUGAGAUAAUAUCUUCCAAGGAACUAAAUGCUGAUUGGCAAAGGCAAGCAUCAAUGCUGCUCGUCUCAAUUGGAACACAUUUUCCUGAUCUUAUGAUGGAAGAAAUAUUUCUUCAUCUGUCUGGUCCGGCUACAGCUGCACCUGCUAUGGUUCAAAUACUUGCUGACUUUGCUUCAUCUGAUGUUCACUCCACGCCUGAAAGGUGUACUUUCAAGGGUGUCGCCUAUUCUUGGGAAUGUUCGGGACGUACACCGACCAAUAUUUGCAAAUGGUACAGUGACAUUUUUGUAAUGUUUAGGGAGUGGAACUCUUUUAUAGAAACUUCUACUUUGUGCCAAUUUCCCUCCCCCAACCUAUUAGCAUUUAAGUGCUGGUCUCAGGCAGUGUGGCUAUACAUCACAGAUCUUACCUCAGAUUCUCCGCUUGACAGUGAUGUCAUGUCAUUUCUGAAUUCAGUUUUUGAGCUAUUGUUGAGAGUUUGGGCAAUUUCUCGAGAUCAUAAGGUACGAGUAUCUACUGUAGACGCUCUGGGUCAGAUGGUCGGUCUUAUCACACGGACACAACUGAAAUCAGCAUUACCAAGGCUUAUUCCAGCAAUACUUGAACUGUAUAAGAAAGAUCAUGAUGAUGCUCUUUUGGCGACAUGUAGUCUUCACAACCUUUUAAAUGCCUCGUUACUUUCUGAGUCUGGUCCUCCACUGCUUGAUUUUGAGGACCUCACAAUUGUGCUGUCAACACUUCUUCCUGUGAUCGGUAUCAAUAGUGAAAGAAAAAGGUGCUCAGAUAUUUCAGUGGGGCGAAAGACAUACAAUGAAGUGCAGCGGUGUUUUCUGACUGUUGGCUUGGUUUACCCUGAGGAUUUGUUUACAUUUCUUCUUAACAAAUGCAAGUUGAAAGAAGACCCUUUGACGUUUGGUGCUCUUUGCAUCUUGAAACAUCUGCUUCCGAGGUUGUUUGAAGCAUGGCACUCAAAACGGCCUCUUUUGGUUGAUACUGCAAGGUCUUUGUUAGAUGAGCAAAGUUUAGCUGUUCGAAAAGCCCUUUCAGAGUUGAUCGUGGUCAUGGCUUCACACUGCUAUCUGGCCGGUCCAUCUGGGGAAUUAUUUGUUGAAUACCUUGUACGCCAUUCUGCAAUAGGAGAGAGUGACGAUCUGAAGGCAAAAGGGGAAUCAGUUAGUCCAACACAGCUAAGAGCAGUUUGUGGAAAAGGUCUUCUGCUCUUGACUGUUACAAUUCCGGAGAUGGAGUACAUUCUUUGGCCUUUCCUACUGAAAGUGAUUGUCCCUAAGGUCUACACUGGCGCUGUUGCAUCAGUCUGUAGAUGCAUAUCUGAACUUUGUCGUCGUAGGUCUUCAACCACCCCCAUGUUGAUCGAGUGUAAAGCUCGUGCUGACAUUCCUAGCCCUGAGGAGUUGUUUACCCGUUUGGUGGUUCUUUUGCACAAUCCUCUGGCAAAAGAGCAGUUAGCAUCCCAAAUUUUGACGGUCCUUGGCUAUCUAUCCCCUCUUUUCCCAAAAAACAUCAGCAUGUUUUGGCAAGAUGAGAUUCCAAAAAUGAAGGCGUAUGUCUUUGACACAGAAGAUCUGAAGCUUGAUCCAACUUACCAGGAAACUUGGGAUGACAUGAUAAUCAAUUUUCUAGCAGAAUCACUGGAUGUCACCCAGGAUGCUGACUGGGUUAUAUCUCUUGGAAAUGCUUUUGCAAAACAAUAUAUUCUGUACACUCCGGAUGAUGACCAUGCAGCACUUCUACACCGGUGUAUCGGAAUACUUCUCCAGAAAGUUAAUGAUAGAGCAUAUGUUCGUGAAAAGAUUGACUGGAUGUACGAACAGGCAGACAUUUCUAUACCUGCAAAUAGACUUGGUUUAGCGAAGGCCAUGGGGCUGGUCGCGGCUUCUCACUUGGACACUGUACUGGAAAAGCUGAAAAUCAUUGUGGAUAAUGUUGGGCAGAGUAUUUUCCAAAGGAUCUUAUCUCUCUUCUCUGAGAGCUAUAAAACAGAAGACAGUGAUGAUAUACAUGCUGCUUUGGCUUUGAUGUAUGGAUAUGCUGCAAAAUAUGCACCCUCAUCAGUUAUUGAGGCCAGAAUAGAUGCACUUGUCGGCACGAAUAUGCUUUCACGGCUUCUUCAUGUGCGGCAGCAAACAGCAAAACAAGCUGUUAUAACUGCUAUUGAUUUAUUAGGUCGUGCUGUCAUUAAUGCUGCAGAAAGUGGUGCUACAUUCCCAUUGAAAAGAAGAGAUCAGAUGCUUGAUUAUAUAUUGACUUUGAUGGGCCGAGAUGAAAAUGAAGGUUUUGCAGAAUCUAGUCUCGAAGUUCUACACACUCAGGCACUCGCUCUGAAUGCAUGCACAACACUGGUCUCUGUGGAACCAAAGCUGACCGUUGAAACUCGAAAUCGUGUUAUGAAGGCUACACUGGGAUUCUUUGCUUUGCCUAAUGAUCCAUCAGAUGUCAUCAGUCCCCUUAUAGACAAUCUUGUGACUCUCUUGUGUGCCAUCCUCCUUACAAGUGGAGAGGAUGGAAGAAGUCGAGCGGAGCAGCUUUUGCAUCUGCUUAGACAGCUUGAUCAAUAUGUUUCGUCACCCAUUGAUUAUCAAAGAAAAAGAGGUUGUGUGGCAGUUCAUGAGAUGCUCCUAAAGUUUCGUAAGCUUUGUGUUGGUGGCUAUUGUGCUCUUGGUUGUUCUGGGGAUUGCCCACAUAGAAAGUUUGCAGACCGCAGUAUGCAGGGGAAUUUUUCAAAUCUACCAUCGGUAUUUUUAUUUCCUGACCGCGAGGUAUUGUGUUUGGGAGAUAGGGUCAUAACCUAUCUCCCACGCUGUGCUGACACAAAUUCUGAAGUACGAAAAAUUUCUGCACAGAUUCUUGACCAGUUCUUCAGCAUUUCCCUUUCCCUUCCAAAAGCUGUACUCACAAGCGGGUUGGAUUCUGAAGACUCCUAUAAAGCCCUGUCUUCCCUUGAGGAUGUCAUUGCCAUUUUGAAAAGUGAUGCCUCAAUUGAUCCAUCCGAAGUUUUUAACAGAAUAGUCUCAUCCAUUUGUUCUCUCUUAACGGGGGAUGAGCUUGUAGCAGCCUUGCAAAGUUGCACUGCAGCUAUCUGUGACAAAAUCAGGCAAUCUGCUGAGGGAGCCAUUCAAGCGGUUACUGAAUUUGUUUCAAGAAGAGGGAGUCAGCUUAGUGACAAUGAUAUAUCAAGGACAACUCAGUCCUUACUCUCGGCAGCAGUUCAUAUAACUGAUAAGAAUUUACGUGUUGAAGCUAUUGGAGCUAUCUCUGUACUGGCAGAGAACACACAAUCAUCAAUUGUGUUUAAUGAAGUGUUGGCUACUGCUGGAAAAGACAUCGUGACAAAGGACAUAACUCGGAUGCGCGGUGGCUGGCCAAUGCAAGAUGCAUUUUAUGCUUUCUCUCAACAUACGGAGCUUUCAGUUUUGUUCAUGGAACACUUAAUAUCCAUUCUCAAUCGUAGUUCUUUAGUUAAAGGUGAUUCACAUAAGGGAGAGAAUACUAGCUCUUCUUAUGAAUCACAUGUAGAAGAUGAAAUUCUUCAAGCUGCCAUUUUUGCUCUCACUGCUUUUUUUCGAGGUGGUGGAAAAAUUGGAAAGAAAGCUGUUGAGAAAAGCUACUCUUCUGUCGUUGGGGCACUUACUCUUCUAUUGGGAAGCUGUCAUGGACUUGCAAGUUCUGGUCAGCAAGAUCCAUUACGAGUACUUCUAACUUCAUUUCAAGCUUUCUGUGAGUGUGUUGGUGAUCUGGAGAUGGGAAAGAUUUUGGCUCGUAAUGGGGAGCAAAGAGAAAAAGAAAAAUGGGUUGAUCUUAUUGGCGAUAUUGCUAGAUGCAUUUCAAUUAAGAGACCGAAGGAGGUUCGACAUAUUUGCAUGAUUCUAACAAAAGCACUAAACCGUCCACAAAGAUUUCAGCGGGAGGCUGCUGCUGCUGCAUUGUCAGAGUUUAUACGCUACAGUGGUGAAUUUAGUUCUGUAAUGGAGGAGAUGGUCGAAGCACUCUGCCGACAUGUGUCAGAUGAUUCUCCGACUGUAAGGCGCCUUUGUCUAAGAGGAUUAGUGCAAAUGCCAUCUGAUUGUAUGAACCACUACACAACUCAAGUUAUUGGUGUAAUAUUAGCGUUGCUUGAUGAUCUGGAGGAGUCUGUGCAACUAACUGCUGUGUCAUGCUUGUUGAUGGUCACAGAGUCAGCUUCUAAUGAUGCUGUUGAACCUAUCUUGCUGAAUUUAUCUGUUCGGCUUCGUAACCUUCAGGUUAGUAUGGACCCGAAGAUGAGAGCCAAUGCAUUUGCAGCACUUGGAGCUUUAAGUAAAUAUGCUAUUGGAGGGCAAAGGGAGGGAUUUGUCGAGCAGAUUCAUUCCACCCUUCCACGCUUGGUAGUGCACCUCCAUGACGAUGAUCCUAGCAUAAGACAGGCUUGUCGGGGAACCCUCAAGCGGUUUGCUCCACUCGUGGACAUAAUAAACUAUUCUACCCUCUAUGAUUCACGUUCUUUUGCUUCUGAUGAUAGGACUGACUAUGAAAACUUCGUAAGGGAUCUCUCAAAGCACUUGGUCCAAGAGUCGGAAAGAGUUGAUACUUACAUGGCCUCAACCAUCCAGGCUUUUGAUGCACCGUGGCCAGUUAUUCAGGCGAAUGCAAUACACUUCUCCACCACCAUGUUGUCACUCUCAGAGGAUCAGCACAUAAUCUCUCUCUACUACCCACAGGUGUUUGAAACGCUGGUUAGCAAGAUGACCAGGUCACAAGAUUCAGUUGUGAGAGCAGCAUGCUCAUCAGCCUUCGGGUUACUGCUAAGAUCAAGCAAGUCAACACUCUGGAGAGGAGCUCGACUUGAUCGGACCGACUCAGGCCACAUGAUUCCCAUGGUUGAUAUUGCAAGGCUCUUGGCUCAGCGCGGUGUGACCAUAACAAUUGUCACGACGCCUCACAAUGCAGCGAGGUUCAAGAAUGUCCUAAACCGAGCCAUUGAGUCUGGCUUGCCCAUCAACCUAGUGCAAGUCAAGUUUCCAUAUCAAGAAGCUGGUUUGCAAGAAGGACAAGAGAAUAUCGAUUCUCUUGAGACAAUGGAGCGGAUGAUAUCUUUCUUUAAAGCGGUUAACUUGCUCGAAGAACCAGUCCAGAAGCUCAUUGAAGAGAUGAACCCUCGACCAAACUGUCUAAUUUCUGAUUUCUGUUUGCCUUAUACAAGCAAAAUCUCCAAGAAGUUCAAUAUCCCAAAGAUCCUCUUCCAUGGCAUGGGUUGCUUUUGUCUUCUGUGUAUGCAUGUUUUACGCAAGAACCGUGAGAUCUUGGACAAUUUAAAGUCUGAUAAGGAGUAUUUCACUGUUCCUUAUUUUCCUGACAGAGUUGAAUUCACAAGACCUCAAGUUCCGGUAGAAACAUAUGUUCCAGCUGGAGACUGGAAAGAGAUCUUCGAUGGUAUGGUAGAAGCGAAUGAGACAUCUUAUGGUGUGAUAGUCAACUCAUUUCAAGAGCUCGAGCCUGCUUAUGCCAAAGACUACAAGGAGGUAAGGUCCGGUAAAGCAUGGACCAUUGGACCAGUUUCCUUGUGCAACAAGGUAGGAGCAGACAAAGCAGAGAGGGGAAACAAAUCAGACAUUGAUCAAGAUGAGUGCCUUAAAUGGCUCGAUUCUAAGGAACCGGGCUCUGUGCUCUAUGCUUGCCUUGGAAGUAUCUGCAAUCUUCCUCUGUCUCAGCUCAAGGAGCUGGGGCUAGGCCUCGAGGAAUCUCAAAGACCUUUCAUCUGGGUCAUAAGAGGUUGGGAGAAGUACAAAGAGUUAGUUGAGUGGUUCUUGGAAAGCGGAUUUGAAGAUAGAAUCAAAGACAGAGGACUUCUCAUCAAAGGAUGGUCUCCUCAAAUGCUUAUCCUUUCACAUCCUUCUGUUGGAGGGUUCUUAACGCAUUGCGGAUGGAACUCGACUCUUGAGGGGAUAACCGCUGGUCUACCGCUUCUUACAUGGCCGCUAUUUGCAGACCAAUUCUGCAACGAGAAACUGGUCGUUCAGGUACUAAAAGCCGGUGUAAGAUCCGGGGUUGAGCAGCCUAUGAAAUGGGGAGAAGAGGAGAAAAUAGGAGUGUUGGUGGAUAAAGAAGGAGUGAAGAACGCAGUGGAAGAAUUAAUGGGUGAGACUGAUGAUGCAAAAGAGAGAAGAAGAAGAGCCAAAGAGCUUGGUGAAUUAGCUCACAAGGCUGUGGAAGAAGGAGGCUCUUCUCAUUCUAAUAUCUCAUUCUUGCUACAAGACAUAACGCAACUAGCGCAAUCCAAGAAUUGAGUAUACGUCACCUUUUCAAAGGAAUUUAAACAUUAUAAAUAGUUUUUGUUUCU